AUGGCGGACGGACGCUUAUUUGUGAGCUCUGACGCCGAAUUAAGCGAUGUUGAAGAGAAUACAACAAAAAAUGUAGAAUCUAAGCGAGCGAAUAACAUCAAUGUCGUUAAGUAUCUUAAUAUUACUGAAAAAGGAAAACUCAGAUGGACAGGUUCUUUCGAGAAUCUCGAAAUACUGAUGAACGAGUUGCUCGAGACACAGACAAAAUGGUCAUCGCCUCGGCCCUGGUGGUCAUUGUAAGCUGCUAGAGAUGGACAACUUCGAAAUGCGGUGGUAUUCAAACAAUUACUCUUUAAUUAUUAAAGGGGAGCAAGACGAAGUCGAAGAAAUAAACUCUCGGUUGCGAAUAAUGGCCAACCUAGCUGAUAAAGAAACCGAGUUAUCAAACGCUUUUGUCAGUGAAGGAAAUGGCGACAGGGAGGGAGACGGCGUAAAUACAGCCUCGACCGAAAACAGUCAUAUCGAAAUAAAUUCACAUGAGACAUCGAACUACAACAAAGUACUCGACAGUAUACGAGACCUUGAACUGUGUUUUGUAAACAAAUUCGAUGAGCUUUUGCAGGAAAUUCGACAGUCCAAAACAACAGAAGAAACUAUCAGUGAAGACCGAAAUUCCUUAAUUAAAGAAAAUGGCAAACUGAAGCAAGAAAUCGACAUACUAUCGGACCAAGUCAAUAACUAUAAGUGUAUUGCAUCGGACUUACACACGAAAGUUAAACAACUAGAAGAUGAACAGAAAAGUUUAAUAACAGCAAUCAAAAUUGUACAAAAUGAUUGCAAUACAAAUAAACAAAGUACAUGGUCAUGGAAUGUUGUUAAAAAUCGUAAGCCAAAUCAGAAUGAAAGCACACAACGUGGACAAAACUCUGGGGAAAAUAGUCACAAUGGACUAGCCAAGACAGAUAAUCAAUAUUCUGUUUUAGUUGAUGAAAGUGACGACGAGAUUAACAUAUUAUCUCAAAGUCAAUUACCUAAGAAUAGAAAUCAAUCUGAACCACCCAGACACACCAUCAGGUCCAAUGAAGACAAAAGACGUAACUAUUCUGCGCCUAGAAAACAACAAGCAGACAACGACCGAAAUAACAACAACAACGAGCGAGCCCAAGAUUCUCGCAGAUCUCCGCGCGUAGGACAAUCAAGAGUUGCUAUUUUGGGCGAUUCUAUGCUUAAACAAAUAAACGCGAGACGAAUUCAACAAGGAAUGAAGCAUAAAAUUGUUGUAAAAACAUUUCCUGGUGCGGGAAUAAAAGAAAUGAAUCACUAUGUAAAACCAACGUUACUCACGGCACCAAAUAAGCUUAUUUUACACGUCGGAACCAAUGAUCUACAAAGAAUGACGCCAGAUGAAUUGUUGACACAUGUACAAAAGCUUGGAGAGAGCAUUACUCGAGAAAACGGGAAUAUUGAAUUAGUUUUAUCAGAAAUCAUAACAAGAAAUGACGAUGAAACAUUGGCUGAUAAGGUAAACGAAUAUAACAAGGGAUUAGCCCAACUAUGUAUAGAACGAAAUUGGUGUCUUAUCAGGCACAAUAAUGUUGACGUAAACCAUUUAAUAGGAAUUGACUAG